UGCUUUUCUUUCCCCCAACCACGUGACACCUACUCGCGGCGAGGCCCGGGCGGCGCGCGAUGGAAGCGGGCGCGGGGCCGGGGCUGCUGGUCUGCGAGCGGCUCCACGCGCGUCACGACCCGCGCUGGCUCCUGCUGCUGCCCCCGCCGCUCUGCCUGGCCUGCGUCAUCGAGACGCUGGGGGACGGCGGCGCCUCGCUGGUGCGCAAGACGCAUGUGCUGUCUUGCUUCCGUGAUGUCCUGGCCUGGCAUGCCGUGCCAGUCAUCCAGCUGCUGGCACAGGACGAAAGGGUGUGUGUCCAUUUCAUAGGAACCCUCUUUGGGAUGUUGCAUACAGCAGAAGACAGUAGUGCACUGGAUCUACCCACUGAAGUUCUGGUGCGACUUGUGGUGGAGCUGAAGUUGGAGCAGUAUGUACACUGUGUGUUGGAUGAAAGCCAGAAAGAGUUAUGUAAGGCAGCCACCAUGAGAGGGAGCCUGCCUAUGUUUAAUCUCCUGGGUAAACUGGCAGAUGUCAUCCCGGGUUUAGCUGAUAUAUUGGUAAUUGAACACGGUAACUUAAUGGAACACCUGCUGGCAGGCUUGAUGUACCCCAACGAGGGUGUAAAGGCUGCUGUCUGCUAUCUUUAUGGCAAGCUGUACUCUUCCCCCACUAGUUCAGAAAGGCUGUCAGUGCACUUCACAGAGAGGCUGUGUGACCUCUUCCUGGCUACCCUAGGGAAUGCACAGACAAAGGAACUGCAGGUUAACUGCAUGGGUUUGCUAAAGGAGCUGCUGAAUUCUGACCAUUUUGUAUCAGUUAUUAUGAGCAAUUCAAGAAAAGAGGCAGAUUCUGAGAAUACUGAAUUGUUGGAGGGAGAGAACCCACUGCCACUAGUGCUCAAAAAGCUGUUGCUGUCCAGAGAUGAGAUGCUACAGGUGGCAAGUGUUCAAUGUAUGACUGCUGUGCUUGUGCAUUCUCCUAUCAAAUAUGCUCCUGCCUUCAUUCAUGCAGACAUCCCAGAAUUCCUGUUUGAGUGUCUCUUCUGCACCAAUGAAAUUCUCCUCUGGUCGGUUUAUUGCUGCCUGCUGCUCCUAACUGAGGAGCGGCUUUUCUUUUCCAAGUGUCACACAGUCUAUGGCAUCGAAUCUGUGGUGAGGAGCCUGAAAGGGAUCCUGCAACUGAAUAAUGUGGAGCUGCACAAGCAGGGACUCUUGCUGUUCACUGAAAUACUGAAACGGCAACCAGUGGAAAUCAAGUUAUUCACAAAUCUAGCCAUGUGUAAAGAUGCCAUUGGUGUUCUUGUGGAGGCAGUAAAAUGUCCGGUGCUGGAGGUAGCAGUAGAGGCUGUGAAAGCUGUGUCUGCUAUUCUGAGGAAGGACCACUUGAGCUGCCCCCCAGUGCAGUAUGUAGAGUUGCAGAAACUGAUUCAGACUAUGCUGAAGCGGUGCGCUGACCUAUCACUGCCACCCAUUAACAGGAGGCCCGCAAGUCACCUGGGGCACAGCAUUCAGAACAAAGUGGUUUUGCGACAGGGGCAGUUCCUGCUCAGCACUGUGGAAGGCUUCAGAAAUGCUUGUAGGUUAGCUGUGGAAUGUCAAAGCGACCCCGUGGCUCAGGAGAAUGCUUUCACCGCUCCCGGCUCGGAGAGCGAGAAUACUCUGAGCAGCUUCUCUGAGUUUCUGCUGAGGAUUUGCGACAGCCUUUGCAUCCCCAUAGUCCUGAAGCACUCAGAAAGGAUUUCCAGCCCAGCUCUGAUGGAGGUUUUCAUAUCCACCCUCAGCACCUUGUUCACUGUUGUGCCGAGCAUGCAAGAGAAAUUCUCUAGGAAGCUGGCAUCGUCUUCUUUCAUCCGACUGGCACUGGAGCUGAAGGCCAAAUUCUGCACUGGACAAAGUAACCCUGCUUUGAAUCAAGCCUGUUCCAGCUUCCUCUACAGCAUGUGCCUCAGCCUUCAUUCAGCUGCAGAGAAGAUGGAGGACUCUUCCCAGCAGGAGCAAGAGAUGUCUGAGCUCCUGCAGAGGAGUCUGCCCCAGUUAAACUGCAGUGUGCCUGAAAGCCUCACCCUCCUGUCAGAAACCCCAGAUCCCUUCUGUUUAGAUGAAGCUCUACGUAGCCACCAAUAUUGCCUCCUGCUCCUCUUGUACUGUGCCUACGCCCUGGAAGACAGGUUUGUUCCAGAGGCAGAAUUAUUCUCAGCCAUAAGAAAUUUCCUUCUGUCAGUGCAGGACCAGGGAGACUGUCCCCCUCCUUACGUCUUCAGGGCUGUUCUUUACCUUCUGGCAGUCUGUCAAGACAAAGGCGAAGCCUUAGACUCGAGUCCACUGUGUGCCAUAAGGAGAGUCUUGGAGAAUACAUCAGAUCUGAGCUUGGUCUACAUUCAUCACCCACUUCUGCUUAAAUUCUUCCUGCGUUACUCUGAGCUUAUGGGCAGAUUUGGUCGCCGGAUCCUCCAGCUCUGGUUUUCCUGGGAAGACUACAGUCAGAUUGAGACUGAAGAUGCUGUCUCUGGGCUCUCCUCUGGCUUGCCUGAUUAUCCAAACAGCUUUACCACUUUGCUUCACAUCCUGAAGGGCAAUUCCAGUGUUGUACUCAUUUUGCUGGACCUGGUCUGCUUGAGCACCACAGAAGUGGCUCACAAAGUUUUGAUGACCUUGAGUAUGUUCCUGAAAAGAAACGAGGAUGUUGUUGUCUGUGACCUCCUUCGAAGUCAGUUUCUACAGAUCCUGCAGCAGCUUCUAGUGGAGAGCAGCUCCACUACUUUGCGAGCUAGCAAGAACCUGCCUCUGUUGCUGAGACUUCUCUUCCUGGUGCAGCUGAGGAAUGAGGCUGAGAGAGAGCUGGACAGCACAGACUUCAAGCUGCUUCACCAUGUCAGUAACCUCUGUGGGAAAUGCAGACCAGGAGAUGUUGAGCUGCUGCAGCCGUCCUUGAACUUCCUAUAUUGGAGCCUUCACCAGACAACAACAUGUAGUCAGCAGAGAGUGGUGGCUGUACUGCUCUCUAGUGUGCCUUUGUUGGAGUUGCUCCAGAAGGUUUUGGAGCUCACCUGGAUGUGGCCCUGUCGCUCUGGACCUGCUUUAUCUUCAUCCGAAGAGGCACUUCUCUGCUCUGCUUGGCUGCUGACUGCUUCUCUCUUAGUUCAUCAGCAUCGUUACAACUCUGAGGUUCACCAGACGAUCUCUUUGGAUGUAGAAAAGGUCCUGAAUGCAGUUAUCUUCAGAAGGAAGAAGCCUGCACUGCUCUUAGUCAGUAUCCUUCAGUUCCUGCGAGCCAUCCUCAGACAGAACUUCUCUUCCUCCCUGCUGGUGCUCGUAGUCCAGCCCACAGCCCAAAGCAGGAUGGAGCCAUCAUUGUCAGAGAACGAUGCCUCCCUGUAUCCACUGGCCACGUGGCAGGUGCUCUCGCUUGUUGUCAGUCUGCAGAACCUUCUGGUCCAGAAGGACCUAUUGCUGUCGCAGACUGUUGUUACCUGCCUGGAAGUCUUGAUGGAGUACCUGCAUAGGAGGAACCAGGGCAUCGCGCUCCAUGUCGUCUCACAGCCCUGGAAUCGAUUCCUGCUCUUCACACUACUGGAUGGUGGCGAGAACUCCUUCCUUUGUCCAGAAAUUCUCAGGCUGAUGACUUUGUUUGUGAGAUAUCGGAGCAGCGAUAUUAUUUCUCAAAGUGAAAUUAGCCAGAUACUCCAAGAGGCAGCAAAAGCCAAGUUAGCAGAGCUUCCUGGUGCCACAUCCCACGCCCUGCGCCUCUUUCUCCUUCAGCUUCAGAGUGGGAGUUGUGAGAUGGAGCCAGCCCAGGAAGGGACCAUUCAGACCUUGCUGGAGAGCCUCCCAGCCAGGACCAGGACCCAUCUAAGCCCACAGGACAUGGUAUGCCUGGGAGGAGUGGCAGUGUCUCUCUCGCACAUUGCAGACUGAAACAAGAGGAGGGAGCACAUGGAGCAGAAAAAUAAGAAAUGGACAGAGAAAAAGACCAUUCCUGCCCUUUUCCCCAGAGAGUGGCUUAGAGAGGAGCAAUAACAGAAAUGGUUGGUAGCUGGUUUUCAAAAGUUCUGUGUUUACUGUUGUUGAAAAGCAAUCACAAAAUAAAAGGUUUUAUUCCCUCUU